ACGGGGAACUGGUGCUUUUAAAUCCAGAGUAGGACUGCCUGCGCCUGCUCCUGUUAUCAAUAGCAAAUAUGGACUCAGAGAAACAGAUAAACGCUUAAAUAGGCUUAAAAAGUUAGGUGACAGCAGCAAAAAUUCAGACAGUCAGUCUGUCAGCUCUAACACUGAUGCAGACACCACUCAGGAAAAAGACAAUGCAACUUCUAACCGAAAAUCUUCAGUUGGUGUAAAAAAGAGCAGCAAGAGCAGAACACUGACCAGGCAGUCCAUGCCAAGAGUCCCAGCUGCUUCUAACUCUACCUCACCUAAGCUAACGCACAUGAACAAUUCCAGGGUACCAAAGAAACUAAGAAAGCCGGCAAAGCCUUUACUUUCCAAGAUCAAACUGAGGAAUCACUGCAAGCGGCUGGACCAGAAGAAUGCAUCACGGAAGCUUGAGAUGGGAAACUUAGUGCUUAAGGAGCCUAAAGUUGUGCUAUAUAAAAAUUUGCCAAUUAAGAAAGAGAAGGAGCCAGAGGGGCCAGAGCAGGCUGCUGUGGGGAGUGGGUGCUUGACGAGGCAUGCCGCCAGAGAACACAGGCAGAACCCUGGGAGAGGUGCUCACUCGCAGGGGGACAGUUUGCCCUGCACCUACACAACCCGGCGCUCAUUGAGGACAAGGACAGGUCUGAAGGAAGCCACUGACAUCAAGCUUGAACCAAGUCCCUUAGAUGGCUAUAAAAAUGGCCUUCUGGAACCUUGCCCAGACAGUGAUCAGCACCCAACCCCAGAGGUUCUGGAAGAACUGGCUCCAGAGACUGCACAUAUGGAGGAAGCGUCCCAGGAGUGUCCCAAGAGUGACCCAUGCCCAUCAAGAAAGAAAUUUCGGCAAGGGAAACCCAUGAAACACUUAGCAAAGGCAGAAGACUGCAGUCUGGAGCAUGGCUUCCCCGGGAAAGAUGGGCUGCCAGAUUUGCCAGUUCCCCAUCCUGACCAGGGUGAGCCCAGUGGCACGAUCGGGGUGCCUGUGAGCUACACAGACUCUGCUCCCUCACCUGUUGGCUGUUCCAUUGUCACACCCGACAGCUUCACAACAAAAGACAGUUUCAGAACUGCACAAAGUAAAAAGAAGCGUCGGGUCACCAGGUACGAUGCACAGCUGAUACUGGAGAACAGCUCUGGGAUCCCCAAACUGACACUUCGCAGGCGGCAUGAUAGCAGCAGCAAGACAAACGACCAUGAGAGUGAUGGUAUGAACUCAAAAAUCAGCAUCAAGCUCAGCAAAGACCAUGAAAGUGACAGCAACCUCUAUGUCGCAAAGCUAAGUAAUGGGGUUAGCUCGGGGCCAGGCGGCAGCUCUACCAAGCUCAAGAUCCAGCUCAAGCGGGAUGAGGAGAGCAGGGGGCCAUAUGCAGAGGGGCUUCAUGAGAAUGGAGUGUGCUGCAGUGAUCCCCUCUCCUUGCUGGAGUCCCAGAUGGAGGUGGACGACUACAGUCAGUACGAGGAGGACAGCACAGAUGAUUCAUCGUCUUCUGAGGGAGAAGAGGAGGAGGAGGACUGCGAGGACGACUUUGAUGAUGACUUCAUCCCUCUUCCUCCCGCAAAGCGGCUGAGGCUAAUUGUUGGUAAAGACUCCAUAGAUAUCGACAUUUCUUCAAGGAGAAGAGAAGAUCAGUCUCUAAGGCUGAACGCAUGAGCUCUCACUCUUCAGUUGUCCUGGGGAACUAAAAAAUAAAAAUCCCAGCCACAGCUUCUCAGCGCAGCACUUCUGUGGUCUCUUUACCUGUAGGCAUAAUACUGUAGAAAGUGUACAGCAUCCCGACUCCUAAGUCUGAUUUGUGCAAAUUUUUAUCGUACUUUUUAAAUAGCCUUCUUAUGUGCAAUUCCGAGUUAGAGGGAAAGCCCCGUUGUAAGAUAGAGGCUCCAGCAAACUGUCCGAUGACAGCAGCUCUCCACACAGGACCUUCAGACACUAAUGUGGUUCCACCAUGUUGUCACUUACCUGUAAGAGCAAGCGCCAGCCCUCUUCCAUAGAUGACUAAACUGUAGUUAGUCUGGAGCGGAGCAGCCUCCUGGGAAGGGUUUCCAGCAUCCGCUCGAAUCACCAGCAACGACCUCUGGCUUUGGGUUUAUUUGCUAGAUGUUCCUCUUUGGAGUUGUGUUGGUUUCACACUGUUUACCGGCCCAGGUGUCCUGUCCGUGGCCUUCAUUAUCAUAGAGACCAUUGGCUGGAAGUCAGGUUGAUUUCUUUGAAGAAAAAAAAUUAAAUUAAAAUGCAGUCUUCUGUAUGACAGCUCAUUUUCAGUACAUUAUAUGUACCAGGCUGGUGGUGUGCAGGAUGAGUUUUCAAAGCAGCUUAUUUAUUGCUUGUCAUGUAAAUUAAAGACCGUGUAUUUAACACUUUCCAAUCCUUUUAGAUAAAAUUGUUCUUUGCAAGAAUGAUUGGUGCUUAUUUUUUCAAACCUUUGCUGUGAACAGCGUGGCAACAGCAAGCAUCGUUUGUCUGAUGAACUCCAGCUAUCUUAAUUUGGGUCUUCAAGUUUCUGUUGCACUUGUAAAAUGCUACAAGGAAUAUUAAAGAAAUCUAUUCACUUUAACUUAUAAUAGUUUAUAAAAUAAAAACAUGAGUCACAGCUUUUGUUCUGUGGUAACCUAUACAAACAUUUGUCUUUGGGAUUCAAUGUAAAGAGCUGAAAACUAUGUAUAUGUUGUAAAUAUUUGUGUGUUGUGAGAAAUUUUUGUCAUAAGAAAUUAAAAGAACUUACCAGGAAGGUUUUUAAGUUUAGAAAUAUUCAUGCCAAUAAAAUAGGAAAUUAUAAAUAUAUAGUGUAAGCACUGCAUCAGUGGACGUUCUUGGCUUAUGUUAGUUUAUUAUGAAAAUAUCAGAUUUUUUUGAUUAUAUUAUCAGUCAGACAAAAAGAGGAGUCAGAUUUAAUUUGUUUUUGAAGCACUUUGAGAAGAGAAAUUAAUUUUAAGUAACUUAAUGAGCAAUUUUUGAUUACUGCUUUAUGUUCAAUACCAGACUUGUUUGUUUCUCUGGAUUAUUUUACAAAAAUCAAAGAAUUUGAGAAUAUCAGUUUGUAGCAGGUGUUUGACACCAGUGGGUCUGUUUAUUUACUGGGAAAUGUGUAGGUGUCCUUUCAGAUACACAGUGUUCCUAAACAACACAAGCUAAUGGACUCGGUGUUCCAGAGAGUCAGAGGGGACCUGCAGGGAGUGAAAGGUCCAACAAAGUAUCUCAGUGCUUCCCUGUUGCUGAUGACACCUACUAGUGUUCAGCUUGGGGACACUUGGAUCCUUAAAACUGUUGCCAGUGGGUUCCAGUUAGAUGUGAUGUUAGUGAGAUUCAUGGGUGUUUCUAGGGUUCAGAUGUCUAUGCUUCUGUGCAUGAUAGAUCCCUGCUGUGUCCUUGCAGUCUGUCCUUGUUGCCAUGCAGUCUGACCCUCAAGUUCUGUCUCAUUUGGAAGCAAGAGGGAGACUGUGCCUGCAUACACAACCUUUUGCUAUAAGCCGUGAAAUAGGGCAGCCCUAUGUCUCAGGACCUCCUGUCUCAAGGCACCCAGAGCACCUUCCAUGGUGCUUCCAGUCCUCAUGGAGUCCCUAUGCAUAAGUGCCACCUCCAGGAAGCUGAAGGUGGGCUCAGGAACCUACACAGGACAGCAGGGCACCCUCCUCCCCAUGUUCACUGGGACUGUUUGCAGAGGCUUAGAGACUAAAUCCUCCCAUUUCUUUGAAAUGCAACAAUAGCCAUUUCAGGAAUUUCAGUCUUAAGGAAAAAGUAACAAAAUAACACAUUUCCCAUUUUCUCCAUUUUUAAGCUUAAUUUUAGUAACUUAUUUUUGCUGUUUAUUUAGUUUUGUUGUGGCCUCGUCUUUAGAGGCUGACCUUCCCAUGGGUCUAAGAGCAGUGACAUCGUGAGGAGUUGCUGCCUCUCAGGAGUCGUAUGCACAAGCAUUCAGCAGUGCUGCUGAUGCCUUCUAGGGAACCUUAUUUCCGUUUCUCAAGGCAGGGGCCUCGCUCGGACUGUUCUCGAUCUGCUGUAGAACUUCACUGUGGGGGUGCCAGAACCCACACUCUUGACCAGUCUGGAAGAGGUUACACUCAAUAAAACUCUCAGCUUGAGCUUAUGCAAUGAUUGGUAAAGUUUUUGGCAAUUGUAAGAAUUAGGAAAUGAUCCUAGAAAUAUAUGUAAAGUAUUCAAUUUUCAAUCAUUUUUCAAAUUACUGUUUUAAAUUGUUUUGCUGAGUUGUAAUACUUUUGAGAUACAAUGUAUUCCUUGUACUGAAAGAAUGAAAAAGGACUUUUUCAGCAUUUGAGGUAAGUUCUUUAACGUUUCAUUAAAAACAUUUUUUACAAAUAUUUUGUACAUGCACUUGCAGUAUUGAGGUUAAUCAUUUUAAUAAAUUCGGAAAUUAAAAUGA